AUGCCGAUUGAGGACAGAUCUUUGGAUUGCUUGACAGAGGUACGGAGCGUGUUUAUAUCAAAAGAUUCAUUCCCGAUUGUAUUUAUAAGCUAGAGCGAAAUUCGAAUUACCAACGUGUUUACGGCAUCUAACAUUUUGAGUAGAAUUUACAACCUUCAUCGCGUCUUCGCGUUCUAAGAAUCGUCGAUUAAACUCAGAAUAAUUCAUUAGUUACCGAUAAAAUAGCUUAAGGCUUGAAUAAUCGAUCCUCUCAAAUUUCAGUCUUGUUUUAAAUUAUUCAUGGAUAGGAUCAUGAUCGAUUUAGGAGACUGGAAUACAACGAAAAAGAAAGAGUGUUUGUAUUUAUUUUCUGAAUUCCCAAAUUUCACGCAGCUUCAAAGCCAAAUAAAAUUGAAAUCAGGCCAUCGAUGUUUAUCGGUGAACAUACUUGUUUUCUAAGAUUCAUUAGCGCUGUAGAUUUUUUUGUUUUUCAUGACGUAAACACAGAGUCGAAAUCGUCAAGGCUUUGAUUUGAAACCGAAAGGUAGCACCACGCUUAGUUUAUACAUCUGUCUGAGAAUUCAGCGGAGAACUGAAGCCCAAUAGAGUCCUUUUAUAAUGUUAGUCUCGAUCGUUAAAAACCGAAAGGUUGUGGACGUAUAGAGUGAGUUGAAGAUAUAACUUGACGGCAAGGGGUUAUAUAAGGCUAGAAUUCCCCUAAAAUGACAUUUAUAUCUGCUAUUGUAUUAACUUGGCUGAGGACAAAAGCUUAUUUGUUAAAAGCUUGUACGAUGUUUUAAACUUUUCCAUCAAUUUGGUCCAAUUUCAUUCUUGAAGAGUUUCUAAUACGAAAAGCGCGCAAGUAGUGAGCAAAAACGGAAACCGUGAAACCGUAAACACGGCUCUUUUUACAGUUAAAAAUUCCCAGUACAGUACUGUAUUCCGUUGCAAGGGACAUAAUUUAGCUCCAGAAAUGCCACUCGUGUAACCGAAUCAUGAAAAUAAGCAUAUACCUUGUGGUAAAAGGAAAUCUUAAUUACCCAAAACGUUUCAAUCUCGUCAUGAUCAAUUCCAUUCUAAAGUUCAAAAUGAUGUGAUCAUUAUAAAUUGUUCCCUCAAAGAUUAACUUCAUCUUGUCUGAACUUAACCUUAAUGUUACCGGUUUUCGUGGUACUUAGAUUUCACAAUAUUUAUCGGUGAUAAAAACAAUCGCGCACUUAAAGACCCACGAAAAAUAUUACCGCGGAAAUAAGCCGCUCGAAAUAGUAUAGUCUCCUUGAGGUUUGAACUUCCACUCGCCGGCCUUAGUGUGUGUGUUUGCUUCCCGCUCUGACUCUACGUACCACGCAAAAGUCUUGAUUAAGGUUACAACUUAAUUGUUAGGAGACUCCCCCUCCUCCGAAGCCUCCGACGGAUCCAACCCAAAGGCGACGAUGGAAAACGCACACCCAAAAGUUUAAGUUAUUGAAGGUCCCCUCCGGCGAUCACUAUAUAUAUGUCGACGACGAUAAAGUGCUUUCAGGUGUGGACGUUCCCGAUGACAAAGGUUAGUAAAAAUGGGCCUUUCCGCACAAGCGAACAAAACUAGAAUUGUCCGGAUAAAAUAAUAAUAAUAAUUGUAAUAAUCAAAUCAAAACUGAUCGUUAUGACCAUCAAAGGAAUCGGAUGCGCUUCGAAGUUCAUUUUCUAUAAAGUCAAAUCCAAUUUAAGGAGAAAAAAAUAUCAAAGUUUAGAUCGUUCGUGCAGCCAUCCAUUUCUCAGCUAUCCUUCCGUAUUCUCUAGUGUAAUACCAUCGCACAUUACGCGUUCUGUUGCUUUAAUAUGUUAAAAUGGUAUAAUUGUGCUUAUGAAUCUCUCUUUGUCAUAACUGUAAUUUUUUUUGAUAGCUUAUUUCAAAGUCCAUGACAUCCUUGAUUAUGAUCCAAUGAAGGAUGUCGCCUUUCAUGUUAUCAUCUUGGAGCACGCAAGCACUGGGAAAAUUAUGGCGAUAGAUAAAGAAAAAAACACUGUGGUUAUGAAGGUAGGUAACUUUCGCGAUCUCAGUUUGCGAGAGAAAUAAUCCACUUUGCCCUACAUUCACGAAGAAGCUUGUUUGAUACAUUUUUAAAGUUUUUUUUUUGUGUUUAUAUUUGACUGCAGGAGAUUGACCCGCCUCCAAGUCAGUUCAUUAACUUGCUAGAUGUCAACAAGGCUCACCCAGAGGUUCUGUUUUACAAGAUGCCUCGGUUUGAACGGGCCCCGGAGUUUUUUCUGAAGUCAUACCUGAGUGACAAACCACGGGUACUAAAAUUUGAGGAGAAUGGUCAACCCAAGCUUCAUGUGCAGGAGAGAACAGAUUUCUAUUUCAAACUGACAGAGUCGUUAGAAGCUGCUAAAAAGUAA